CCAUUUUUGAUUGCGAAGUAUAGUUCAGUUCCACAGCAACGCACUCACAUAUAAAUUCGCGAUAUAAAAGGGAAUUCUGUUCAAAGCACCCUGCUUGAUCGGUGAACCUAAAUUACCAUCAUCUCCUCCAACCAGAUCCUUUUCAGUAUGACCACGCGCGUCUACCUUCCUAGACAAGAAGCACUUUAUCAAACCAGUGGGAUAGAAAAUCUCGUGACAUCUGUUGCUGCGUAUGUUCAAGCAGCAGAUGGGUUACACACACCGAACAAAGUGGCAUUGAUGUAUCGCGCAUUCUGUGAGGCACUAAUCCAAGGAGACCUCCUGAAACUGCAUCAGAUUCCCGCCAUUAUUAUCCAGUACCAAGGUGUUUCUUACGAGAUUUGUGUCAGGUCUGUAGAAAAAAAUGCGAAUCCCAGAAAACGUAAGCGGACAGCACUUGCAGAUCCCAUGUCAACUUCAUCUAAAGAAGCAGAAAAAAUUAGAGCAUUCAAACUUCUUGAGAUGCUGACGAAGUUAAUAAAGACAGGAAAUGCAAGAAGCACUGGAGAGGCUGAUAGACCCCUGCGACUAGAAGAAGGGCAAGAAAAAAGUGCAGGUGAACUUGUCAAGCUGCAUUUGGAGAAGCUAUCAAAGGCAGAAAUUGACUUUUCUCAGGCUCGCGAGAAGGUAAGACUUGCGUACUUUCACCUGGGUCAAGCAUAUGCUCGAUGGAUUUUCGAGCUCCUGCCGACUCUUGAUGCUCCAGUGACGUCAAAGACAUUUCAUCGUGAGGCAUAUCCUAUUGUCCAAGCACACUUGCUCAAGCUCUGUAAGCGAUCCAAUGAGUACUCCAUACUGAAGCGGCUUGAAAGGGCGAGAAAAUUUUUUCAUAUGGGGUCCCUCAUUGGAGUAGAAACAUUAGCCGAAUGCGAAGAUUUGACCGUCAAAAGAAUGGACAAAAUAUCUAUGGAGUCGCUUUCCCUAUUGGGGAUAUAUUGUAAAGAUGAACUUUCCAAGAUGAACAUCAACAGACCUUGAUUUGCUUCUAGUUCGCUCGCGCACUUUUUCGUGGUGUUGCAUGUUUCAACUUUCCCUGAAGGAGUAAGUUUAGCGUUUUCGUCUACAUUUUACUGUCUCUCAUAGUCUCUUUCUCCAUGGAAAAUCUUCUCUGUCCCUACUCUCUCUAAUUGAUGAAGUCAUUCUUCCAAAAAAAUGACAUUUUGUCACUGGUUUCAAAUGCCUGUUGUCAUUGAUUAUGGUGAUGCUGGUCUAGAAUCCUACGUAGCUUGCUCAGAUUUGUAU